AUGGGAACAGCCCUCCUAGAACACUUUGAGAGUUUUAAAGCAGAUGUUGAAGUGAUGGAACUAGCGCUGAAGGGACUGGACGACCCUCCUCAGUGGUCAUUGAAAGACGAAUUGAAUAAAAGCAUGGACAAAUCUCGAGUCAUGGAACCCGAGUUCUCUCAGCCUUUGUGCAUUGCGAUACAGGUCGGUUUGGUUAAUAUAUUCGCUCAAUGGGGUAUCAAACCGAGGGCUGUACUUGGCCACUCCAGUGGUGAGAUAGCUGCCGCGUAUGGAGCACAGGCGAUUUCUGCUACUGAUGCUAUUGUGCUUGCAUACUAUCGUGGGAAGUUUGCGAAGUCGAAGGAAGGGCUAGGAGGAAUGGUAGCCAUCAAUACAAGUCGAGAUAUGGUGCAUCCCUUCCUACGUGAAGGCGUAGCUAUUGGCUGUGAGAACAGCCCUCAGAGCGUGACUUUAUCAGGUGAUAAGGACCAGAUCGAUCACACGGUGGAAGAUAUAGAGCAGAGCAUGCCUGGAAGUUGUCGUCGUCUCAGGGUAAAUGUGGCCUAUCAUUCACACCAUAUGAAGGAUAUCGGACCUGCCUAUGAAACAGCCAUACUGAAGCAUACCGGACGGGGUGAACAAAUGCUCCCCAUGCAUUCCAGUGUGACAGGCAAGAGUAUUCUGUGUCCUCAAGAACUAGACGCUGGCUACUGGCGCCGGAAUCUCGAAUCAUCAGUCUUGUUCUUAGAUGCAGUACAUUGUUGCCUUGAGGCCAACUCCAGUAAGCGCUUAGUAUUCGUUGAGAUAGGCCCACAUUCCGCGUUGGCUGCUCCCCUACAGCAAAUAUUUAGGGCUUCAGGUGGGCACGGACGUUGCGCAUAUAUCUCUACGAUCACGCGCUUCAGUAAUGACUUCAGAGCGCAGCUUUUAGCUUCAGUGGGCCAGAUACAUAUCAAUGGCGGUUCUGUCAACCUUCCAAACAUCCUUUGCCCAGGCAGGACAUUAACCGACCUUCCGCCAUAUCCAUGGCAACACGAUCAGAAGUCCUGGGAAGAGAAUCGCACAACUCGGGACUGGAGGUUUCAGUUGGCCCCUCACCAUGAACUUCUUGGCUCUCACGUAACCGAUACAACAGGCACUGUUCCUUCUUGGAAAAAUAUGCUUAGCGUGGAAGAUGUCCCUUGGCUUUCGGACCAUGUGGUGCAGGAAGAGGUCAUAUACCCGGGCGCCGCUUAUGUUGCGAUGGCUGGGAGUGCUGUUCUGCAGCUACAUCCAGAGUCUGACAGCUACACAAUUCGGGACCUUCUCAUUAUCGAACCCUUAUUGGUGGACGAAAGAAGUCCGACAGAGGUUAUCACCAGUUUCCAGCCAGUAGAAAUAGCUGACAACGUCUAUUCAGACUAUUACAGCUUUUCUAUCGUGAGCUAUCAGGGGUCAUCUUGGGUAAAACAUUGUGGAGGGCGUGUGCGUCCUGGCUACGAAAUACCUCCUAGGAAACAGCCUGUGGGAUCUUACGGCUUGUCGUGCACUCCUGACGAAUGGUACGAAGCGACCCAAGCUUGCGGUAUCACCUACGGGAAAAGCUUCCGAGGGCUGGAGAAUAUCACAGUUGACCCCAACGGAGGUGGACGGGCCAGCGCUGUUGUUCACAAUUCAUCGGACCUAGACCAUCAUGCGUACAGUAUUCAUCCAGCGUCCAUCGACCAGGCCUUCCAGGCAACAAUGGCGGGCAUCCUCUUCAAUGCGCUCGACGGCAUGGAGUGCUCAUUCGUACCUGUCAGUGUCGACAGAAUAUACAUCACACAAGGUGGGCCUUUGAUGACAGUUGGUACGAGCGUAAAGUGCCAUACGCAGACUAGUUACUACGGAAAUGCCAUUGGCCUUGUCGAUGAUCACAUUGUCCUGGAAAUUGAAGGUGCUGUAUUUGGUGCACUCGACAAUGGGAACAGACUCACUCCUGCAAAUACCAACUUGCUGACGCGUACUGAGUGGAGGCCAGAUUUUGACCUUCUACCCAAAGACAGUACUCUCACUCUUCAAGCCCUUCCUGCAAACGUGGACUUGAUUGCUCAGGCGAUGGGGCACUUGUCCCUGUUAUAUCAUCUGGAAGCCGCUGAACGUCUGGAAGCUGUAACCACCGAGAUUGUACAUCUGAAUAAAUGGAAUGCCCAGAUUUAUGAAAAGGUCUCGUCACUCCACCAAAAAUAUGGGAGCUUGUUUACUAUGCUCGAGAGUCAUGGGGCUCACAUCAAACACUUACUUGACAUGACAAGCGAGCAGCGACAAGUGACUAGAGAUCACUGGAUUGGUGUCGUAAAGGACAGUGGUUCCGCUUCUGUUUUGGCUGUGAUUGAUUGCAUGGAUACGAUUUUGGAAAGGUCUUUGGAGCUAAUGCGUGGAGAGGUGUCGCCAUUGGAAUUGCUGAUGAGAGAUGACCUUUUCGAAAAGAUGUAUGAGCAAUCAAUUGGCUGGGUCGACUGCAGUGCUUACUUUGUCCAUUUGUCCCAUUCUAACCCAAACCUUCGCAUCUUAGAGAUUGGAGCAGGAACAGGCAGCUGCACAAAAGUCGUCCUUCGUCACCUGAAAACUCAAGCAGGGAUACGUCGCUAUAGAUCAUAUACAUUUACCGAUAUAUCACCAGCAUUCACCCAGGCCGCCGUGGAGAAAUUUGGAGAGCAAGCAAACUUUGAGUACCGCGUCCUUGACAUCAGUGAGGACCCAAUAAAGCAAGGGUUUGAGCCUGAUUCAUAUGAUCUUAUUAUUGCUUCGAAUGUUCUCCAUGCAACUCCAUCAAUCCGAAAGGCUCUACAGAAUGUUAGGACUUUGCUAUCCACAGGAGGCCAGUUGUUUCUUGUGGAACUUGAUCCAGCUGUACCUAAUCUAGAUGUGGUUUUAGGAAUUUUACCUGGUUGGUGGGUUGGUGAAAGUGAUGGCAGACCGUUGAGGCCGUAUAUUUCCGUUGAGCGGUGGGACAGCGAGCUGAAAGCCACUGGUUUCAGUGGUGUAGAUGUCGCCCACCACGAUCGCCCUGGCUUACUUCGAACCAACGCUAUCAUGAUUUCCACAGCUCUCAAGGGGGAAUCGUCUUUCCCAGCUGAAGAUGUGACUCUCCUCCUCUCACACGAGCCAGGCGACUGGGAAAAAGACGUGCAGAGACGACUUACUCAAACGGGCCAUCUUACAGAAUGGGCUAAAAUCUGCGACCCAGUACCACAGAGCCCAAUGACUAUCUCGUUCCUGGAUAUGAACAGUUCUUUCCUUCAUGAUAUGUCCGAAGGAAGGUUCAUCAAGCUCAAAGAAUUUCUAAAAGGCUGCUCAGCCAUUACUUCGUCCCAGUGCAUCUGGAUUACGCCAGCCACUCGCCUGCAGUGUUCUGACCCUUCUUAUGGUCUGGUCUGGGGAUUCGCCCGUAGUUUGCAGCGGGAGAUGGAUCUGGAUCUUUCUAUAAUUGAAGUCGACAGCUUCGACAAGGUAUCUGCAAAUCUUGUCGUUGAUAUCAUGCACAAAGUUCGGCGUCAAAGGCUGGUGAAACGCACCCCUUUGGACUAUGAGUUCUCCAUUUACAAGCACACAGUCCAUACGCCGAGAUGUACUUGGGAAUCAUUACCUCGGCUUAUCUCCAAACCAAUUCGGCAACACUCAGGCUUCAGAUUAGACGUUUCAUCCAACCGAAAACUCCAGUGGAUUGCGGCAGAUGCAGGACCUCUGGGGGAGGACGAGGUCGAAGUUGAGAUAUUCUUUGCUGGAUUGAAUUUCAGGGACCUGAUGGUAGCCCAGGGCCUUCUUGGAAAUAAAGAGGAGCUCGGCUUGGAGGGGAGUGGUGUUGUACGCCGAGUCGGGUCGAGUGUCGUUAAUCUAAAGGUUGAUGACAAAGUCCUGGCAAUAGGAUUUGGGCUAUUUCAAACCUCAGUGGCUAUACCUGCUGAACAAUGCCUGAGACUACCUGAUGGCAUCUCAUUAGAAGAGGCAUCAACCAUGCCAGCUGCAUAUGUGUCCGUUAUCUAUUCUCUUCUGCACCGUGCUGUGCUUGAUCGAGGUGAUUCUAUCCUCAUUCACUCUGCUUGUAGUGGGGUGGGAAUAGCCGCAAUACACCUGUGCCAGAGCAUCGGAGCCAAAAUCUAUGCGACGGUCAGCACGGAAGAAAAGGCUCAAUACUUAUUAGAGACCUUUGUGAUUCCAAGAAACAAUAUCUUUGACUCUAGGUCGUCCUCAUUCUACACAGACUUGAUGCGUGAGACGAACGGUAGAGGGGUUGAUGUAGUCCUCAAUUCUCUUGCCGGUAAACUGCUUCAUGUAUCCUGGGAUUGUGUUGCUGAGUUUGGCCAGAUGAUUGAGCUAGGGAAACGGGAUAUUUUGACGCAUGGAACUCUUUCCAUGUCUCCAUUUUCCAAAAAUCGCACAUUUACCGCGAUUGACCUCAUGGGAGUUUUGAAGAGAAAGCGGGCAUUGGCUAUAAGACUGGGACGUCAGUUAAUUGAGCUCUAUAAAGCAGGUAAAAUCAGGCCAAUUCUCCCAGUGAACACUUUUCACGCCCAGGAGGUCCAAGAGGCCUUUCGACACCUGCAAGGUGGCCUUCACAAGGGGAAGAUCCUUAUCCGUAUGCCCGAGUCGCCAUCUGAACUUCAUGUGAUGUCAAAUCAGGGCAGUAUUACCUUCCCUUCUGAUACUUCCUACCUUCUAGUUGGAGGACUUGGCGAUGUUGGCCGUGUUCUUGCUCGGUGGAUGGUAAGGCAAGGCGCUCGAGAGCUCGUAAUUAUGUCACGGUCCACUAGUCGCGCAGAAAGGGAGCAGUCAUUCAUCAAGGAGCUCGAGGCCCAGAAUUGCCAAAUCAUCACCGUCGCCGGAGAUGUGACUAAUUUAGAGGAUGUGAAGGCAGCUGUGUCUAGCUGCACCAAACCUCUUGCUGGUGUGAUCAACCUCGCUCUCUCCCUACAGGACCGUACAUUACUCCACAUGACACAUGCUGAAUGGAAAUCGGCACUCGCACCAAAAGUAUCCGGGACAUGGAAUCUCCAUCAGGCCGUAGAAGGCCAGCCGCUGGAUUUCUUUCUUGUUCUGAGCUCCUUGGUCGGUAUUGCCGGCCACGUUGGUCAGGCCAACUAUAGUGCUGCCUACACAUACCUAGAUGCUUUUACCCAAUACCGUCGGCAAAUGGGCCUGCCCUCCUCGGUGGUCGACCUUGGCCCCAUUGCGGGUUCAGCAGCAAUCGAAGACCAAACUGUUUCCCGACAACUAGACAUGAUGGGAUGGACUCGAUUAAGCAAACAGCAAGUCAUCGCCAGCGUGCAGCUCGCCAUUUCGGAGUCUCGGGCACCGAAUCCAACCGGGCCCCUUUAUUCCAGUGAGCUGAUCAUUGGGUUCUUCCGGAAUCUUAGCGAGACGGAGUAUACACAGAUGCUAGAAGAUGAUUUAUAUGGCCAGGAUGCAAGGCUUUCAAUGUAUCAGAAUUUGAUCGCGUGUGCAGAGAACCGAAAGCCCAAGAACGAGAUCAAGCUGCUCUUUGAGAGGGUUGAGAAAGAUCCCCGCCUUCUUAACGACCCGGGGAUGGAAACCAUACUAGUCCUAGAACUGGCAAAAUUGAUCAAUGAUCGGACUAGUCAGCUCUCAGAAAUGGACUUGGGACAAGCACGGGCCGUGGCCGUUGAUUCAUUAAUAGCCAUUGAGGUGAAGGCCUGGCUAAGUCGGCAACUUGGAAUACAUGUCACCGUGGACGAGAUAGCGAAGGCGAACACGGUGGGAUCUUUGGUACAGAUCCUUAUUCAACGUGCAAAGGCAAAGUACCGAGUGGGUGAAGAUGGUCCUGCUUCCACCAAAGAGAGCUGA